GGAUGCACGUAUACUUAUUGGGCUUUCCGAAUUCAAAGCCCAUUACUAUAAAUAAAGUCUAAUUUGGAAUAGGCCCACAACUUGCUUUGUCUGGGCUUCACAUUUGAAGACCAAAUAGGAUUUUAUGUCUAGGGUUUAAAUUGCAUUAGCUUCCAUCUUCCUUGAACCCAAGAACGGCAGUUCCUCUGCAGGUAAAGAGUUGCAUUAGGGUUUAGGGUUGCUUCCCUUUCAAAUGGCUCCAGCUAAAGCUGAUACAGGUAAGAAAUCAGACGCCAAGGCUCAAGCCUUAAAGGCUGCCAAGGCUGUAAAAGCAGGUGCAAAAACCUUUAAGAAGAAGGCCAAGAAAAUACGCACUAAAGUUACCUUCUAUAGGCCAAAGACAUUGACAAAGGAAAGGAAUCCCAAGUAUCCUCGCAUUAGUGCUGUUCCCCGCAAUAAACUUGACCACUACCAGAUUCUCAAGUAUCCUCUCACCACGGAGUCUGCAAUGAAGAAAAUUGAAGACAACAACACACUAGUUUUCAUUGUAGAUAUUCGUGCUGAUAAGAAAAAGAUAAAAAAUGCAGUCAAGAAAAUGUAUGACAUUCAGACAAAGAAAGUGAACACGCUUAUCAGGCCGGAUGGAACUAAGAAGGCAUAUGUCAGGUUGACACCUGAUUACGAUGCUCUGGAUGUUGCUAACAAAAUCGGAAUCAUUUAAAUGGUCGGAGAUUGAGUUUUGUGUUUAAGCCUUUCUUUUGGGGGAUUGUUUGUACUCCAAACUUUCUUUGUGGAUUUAAAUGUGGGAGCUUCAGACUGAAUUGUGCAAGUUAUAUAGAUAUUUUGAAUUAGAUUGUA